AUGAAAGCAUAUUUUCUUUUGCUUGCCAGAUUCAAUACCUUCAACAUCGAGGUCCAUCAACAAUGUGUGUUUGACCAUGUGACCUUCUAUGACGGACCAGACACAACUGCCAGAAGCAUUGGUCGAUACUGUGGAACCCUACAGAACAUUCCAGAGUAUAUUCAAAGCUCAGGAAACCAGCUGUACAUUAAUUUUGUCACUGAUUUUUCAUACACUUCGGAUGGAUUUUCAGGAUAUUACUGGGCCACUUAUGGUCCGGCACAGGGUUGUGGUGGAGUUCUACGGCAGUCUAAUGGAACUAUCACAUCACUGGAUGCAGACGGAAACGGUUUAUAUGAGGACAGUUUGGACUGUGAAUGGUUGAUAUUUGUUGGUGAUAAUAAAGUUGUCAAUCUAACAAUAACAAAUUUUACCCUGGAGUCAGGACACACUGAAUGUGAAUAUGAUUAUCUUAGCAUUUACGAUGGCAUGACAAAGGAUGACCACUUGCUGGGAAAAUUAUGUGGCAGUGAUCUCCCACAGUUUCCCAUCCUGGCAUCAUCGAAUGUAAUGCUUAUUAUCUUCCACACAGACUCCAGUAUCAGUUUUGCUGGAUUCCAGGCCAAUUUCACUGAAGCCAAUGCUUUUUGUGGUGGAGCUUACAACGCUACCAGCACACCUCAAACUCUCACCUCCCCAAAUUACCCCAAUGCCACCGGAAUGGCCGUCAGCUGUUCAUGGAUCAUUGAUUCUGGAGAUGCUAAUCAGCAAGUGAGACUUCAAGUCACAGAUUUACAUCUGGAGACAUCUCCUAGAUGCCAGCAUGAAUAUUUAAGUUUCAGGGAUCAUCCAGUGGGCACAAAUGGCCAGCAGAAAUUUUACUGUGGCAAUGUCAUUCCUCCUCAUCCAUUUAAUUCCAAAGGAUUACGGGUGAAGAUCAUAUACAACCUGGCAACAACAUCAACCAGCCGAGGUUUCCAGCUGACCUAUCAGAUUGCAGACUGCAAUCAAAACAUCAGCCUGCCAAACGGGCGUAUCACCAGCCCUGGAUUUCCUGGUGUAUACCCACGUUACGCUAACUGCCUUGUCCGGGUAACCUCUCCUGAAAACACGACCUUGGCUUUGUACUUCAACAGUUUUUAUAUCGAAGAACAUUCGAAUUGCAACUUCGAUUUUCUAGAGAUUAAAAAUAGCUCAUCAAUAGUUGUGGCCAGAUUAUGUGGCAAUGACAUUCCUUCACCAAUAUUUAUGACAGACAAUGUGGCAACUUUAAGAUUCCAGACAGACUUUUCAGUACAGCACUCUGGCUAUGAUAUCACAUUCAUGUCAUCAACACAAGGACCAGGUUGUGGUGGAAAUAUAACCGGUCAAGAAGCAGGUGCCUUCACAAGUCCUGGGUUUCCAGCCAGUUCAUUGAAUUCAAUGACUUGCUCUUGGUAUAUCAGGCCUCCAGCUCGAGUGAAGAUCUACUGGUGGUUCUCUUCUAUUUCAACCCCUGAAACAAAUGAAGACUGUGACAGUAAUCAU